CCACCACCAGCAUCACCAGCAUUACCACCAGCAGCACCACCACCAGCACCACCAGCACCACCAGCACCACCAGCACCACCACCACCAGCACCACCACCAGCAGCAGCACCACCACCACCAGCACCACCACCAGCAUCACCACCAGCACCAGCACCACCACCAUCAGCACCACACAAACACAGCAGCACCACCACCAGCGACCCCCCCUCUCUCUCUCCGCGUGAGUCGCUCGCUGCGUCUCCCACCCCCACACCGCACCCCAUGCCGUCUGCGGCAAACUUAGUGCCGAUUGUUGCUGCCCGCCUGGCGCUAAAGCUGCUCGGAGACUCAGGCACGGAGACUCCGUUGUGAUGGCUGCAGUGAUGAUGACGUCAUCCGAUUUGGUCACGAAGGAAACGCAACUCAACCUGGAUUGUGACGCAUCAACAACAUCAACGACAACAACAACAUCGUCAUCACCCUCAACGCUCACAUCAAACUCAGCAGCAACAACAACAACAACAUCACCACCAUUAUCACUAUCAACAAUACCACUUCAACCAUCAACACCAUCGCCACCACUACACUCGGGCCAACAGGCAAACCCAAGGGUACAGGCGGUGUCCCCGCUACAGCCUCGCCUACAGCCCACGCAACAGUCACCCUGUCCCCCGAACCCAAGUCUACAGGCAGCCCCUAAGCUCCCCCGAGACCAGCAGGCGGUCGCCAAGACACAGGCGGUCGGUCCCCUACAGGCCGAGCUACAGCCGGCCUCUCGACCGGCCUCUCCGCCGCACUCCGAACUACAGGCAAACCCGUCGGCGCAUUCGGUCUCUUGGCUACAGCCGGAGAGGCCGUCGCCGAGGGUACAGGCCGUCUCCCCGCUGCGGCCAAAUCCGCUCCACCCCGCUCAGCCCCCUACUCUGACUCCACUACAGCCCAACUACGAACUGCAAGCAUGCUCGCAGCUACAGCCCAACCGGUGGCCGCCUCCCGUGCUACGCCCCGAUCAGCGGCCGAACCCGGCGGUCCCUCCGCUACAGGCGGACCGACAGCCGGGCUACGACGCACAGGCAACGUCGCUUCUACACUCGGACUUCCAGCCGGGCCUACAGUCGAACAACAACCCCGUGCCACAUUCAGUCUCUCCGCUACACCCGAGCCAGCAGUCGGCCGCUUGGCUACUGUGGAAUCGACAGUCGGGCAACGGCCCAACGCCACCGUCGGCCUCUCCGCCGCAGCCCCUCCGUGCACCGCAGGCGGACGGCGGUUGUGAGCGGGCGCCGGCGUUCCCCUGGCAACUGGACCCCCUUUCCGCCUCGGCCCCCCGCAGAUCUUCUUCCCCUGGGCUCUUAGAACGCUGGGCCCAAGCGUCGCCGGCACGGUCCUUCGGCAACGCGGCCGCUCACGCCGUGGGAAUUCCGGCUCCUGGCCCCGUGGAAAUUGCGCCUCCUUCCUGGAGAAUUCCGUUCCCGUCUCCCUCCUCCGGAACUUUGGCAGCGGCCGCAUGGGGAAUGCCGAGCGCUGCGUGGGGGGAAUCCGAGACUUCCGCAGGAAUCUCUGCUCCUUCCCCGGGAGGGCUCUGGGCGGCUUCACCGUGGACCUCCGGAAUUCCGAGUGCCGCGUUGGGAAAGCCGUCACUGCCAUCUCCACCGUCGUCGAGAAAUCCGGGAAUGUCGACCCCUCCGCUGGGGUAUCGUGAGAAGUCUCCCGGAGCGUCGACCCCUCCGCUGGGGUACCGUGAGAAGUCUCCGGGAGGGUCGACCCCUCCGCUGGGGUACCGUGAGAAGUCUCCGGGAGCGUCGACCCCUCCGCUGGGGUACCGUGAGAAGUCUCCGGGAGGGUCGACCCCUCCGCUGGGGUACCGUGAGAAGUCUCCGGGAGGGUCGACCCCUCCCCUGGGGUACCGUGAGAAGUCUCCGGGAGGGUCGACCCCUCCCCUGGGGUACCGUGAGAAGUCUCCGGGAGGGUCGACCCCUCCGCUGGGGUACCGUGAGAAGUCUCCCGGAGUUUUCCCGCAGGCUCCCUGUGGCACUUCCAACUCAUUCCUGACACUUACAGCUACGGGGCAACAACAACAACAACAGCUGCAGUACCCACAACAACAACAACCACCACAACAACAGCUGCAGUACAGACCACAACAAUCGCAGUACCCACAACAACAACCACCACAACAACCGCAGUACACACAGCAACAACCACCGCCACAACAACCGCAGUAUCCACAACAAUCCCCACAACACACACAUCAACAGCAACUGCAGUACACACAGCAGCAACAACCACAACAACUGCAGUACCCACAACAACAACAACAACCACAGUACAAACAGCAACAACAACAGCAAUACACACAGCAGCAACAACAACAACAACCAUCGCUGCUUUACACACCACCACAACAACAACAACAACAUUCGCCACAGUACCCACAGCAGCAACCAUCGCUGCUUUACACACCACAACAACAACAACCGCAACAACCCCAGUACCCACAGCAGCAACCAUCACCACAGUACACACCACCACCACCACAACAACAACAUUCACCACAGUACACACAGCAAACACAACAUUCACUGCAGUACACACAUCAACAACCACCACAACAACAACAACCGCAGUACACUCAACAACAAUACGCACAGCAGGCACAACAAAAUUGCGCGCAACAGUCGCCACCACAAACACAACAACCAUCGCCACCACCGCAGUACACACAGCAACAACAACAACCACAACAACCACAACAUUCAUCACCGCAGUACGCACGGCAGCAAUCGCCAUUACAACCUUCACUGCAGUACACGCAGCAACCACAACAACAACAACAACAACCAUCACAACAACAAUAUCACACGCAGCAACAACAACAACUAUCUCCACAACAAUAUCACACACAACAACAACUAUCUCCACAACAGCAAAAGCACACACAGGAACAGCAACAGUUGUACACUCAACAGCAGCAUGUCCAGAUGGAUUACACACAGCAAUUACAGCCACCGUAUGCACAACCACCCUAUGCACAACAGCCGUACACCCAGUACACUCAACAACAGCCGUACACACAGCAACAGCCAGAUCACAUUCAACAUUCGCAGUACACGGAGGAACAGCAGCAGCAGCAGCUGCAGUACAGCCAACACCGUCAGAUUUCACCGCAACAGUACUACACACAGCAGCAACAACAACCACCACAACAACCACUACAACAACCACUACAACCACAACAGUCGCAGUACGCACAACCACAGCUGCACUCGCUCCAUCAGUCGUCGCCCACACGGUCGCAGCAUGGGACACCACAACCAAAGCACAGCCCGCAACAGCCGGACGUACAGCCGCCACCACUACUGCAACAGCAACAGAAGCAGUACCAGCAGUACCAGCAGUACUUGCAGUACCAGCAUCAUCAUCGGCAGCAGCAGCAGCAGCAGUUUACACGGCAACAAUCGGUAACACUACAACAGCAGCGUCAGCAGCAGCAGCAGCUGGAGAAGAACUUGAACCAGGAGCUUGUGGAGAUGGCGAUGCGCGACUCGUACGAGGAUGCUUUGCUGCGCCACCAGACGCUGCGUUUCCAGUCUCUGGUGGAGGAGACGCGGAGACUCGGGGAGACACGGGACAAGCUGAGACUGGAGGUGUGCGAUGCGGAGACGCGGAGACACCGAGAUACGGAGACACGCGGAGACAUGGGUCUCAUGAUGGAGGAGGUGUGGAGAUUGCGGAAGCUGUGUGUGGGACUGCAGGUCUCCGUGGCAUGUGUUUGCAGAGAGCUUGACCUCCUGGGAGACACAGGGAUGCCCUUUGACCCGGAUGUGAAUUCAAACUUCCAUGACAACAUGGGUUACCCUGGACACAAGCUACCUCGAGUGAAGACAGUCGGCCACACGAAGCCGAAGGCGGGAGAAGGGGGGAGCGAGACGAAGGUGGAGGAGGCGGUGACGGCGGUGGGGGCGGUGACGGCGGUGGGAGCGGUGGGAGCGGUGGAGGCGUUGGAGGCGGGCUCGUGGGACUGUAUCUACUGCACGUUCGCCAACCACGGCAGCCUCCCGCACUGCGAGCUCUGUGAGAUGCCCCGGCCAUUGUGAAGUGGGGAGGAGGCACCGGGAGAGAUUCGGAGACACGGGGACGGAGACACGGGGUGGGCGGGGGGGGGGAGACACGGGGAGACACGGGGAGGAGACACGGGAGAGUGACACAGGGAAAGACUCGGAGACACGGGGAGACACAAUGUGAAGCUGGAAUAUGACACGGUGGGGGGUGGGGAGACACGGGGGGACACGGGGAGACGCGUUGCGACUGGGAGAAACGGUGAGACAAUGGGGAUACUUUAAGGCACACUUGGAGACACGGCGAGACACUGGGGGACACUGGGGGACGAAUUGAGACACUGAGAGAUGCUGGCAUACAUAGUAAGACACUGGAAAAAACUGAGACGGGGAGACACUUGAGACACUGUGAGACAUUGUGAGACACUGUGAGACAUGGGGAGACAUGGAGAGAUAGUGUGAGACACUGGGAGACGAGACACUGUGAGACACUGUAAGACACUGUGAUACACUGUGAGACACUGUGAUACACUGUGAGACACGGAGAGACAUGGGGAGACAUUCAGACAGGGAGACAUGGAGAGAUAGUGUGAGACACGGGGAGACAUGGGGAGACAUGGGGAGACACGAGGAGACACUGUGAGACAUGGGGAGACAUGGGGAGACACUGUGAGACACUGGGAGACACGGGGAGACAUGGGGAGACAGUGUGAGACAUGGGGAGACAGCACGGGGAGGGAGGAGACCCGGGGAGGAGACACGGGGAGUAGACAGUAUGAGAGGGCUGUACACACUGAUCCAGUUGUAUGGUUUGUUUUUGCAUUUGUCUGAGACCAAGUUUAAUUGUAUAUUCCAAUUUGUUUAAGCAAUGCUGUGUGGAUUUGUAAAUGGUAAUGGCUGCCUAUUAUCAAGUACGUAUCUGUGUGUGUGUGUUGUACUUCUGUCGCACCGUAACGGAGCCAAUUGUGCUCAUCGGAGGUGCGGGGGAACGACAACAAACUAAAUGCAACAAGCAGUUCUAAAGAAGUGCGUUUGUCAAUGUAGAUGAUGAUUUAAAAGUGCAUAACUCCAGUGGCUUCCUGAUAUCUGAAGGAAGAGCAUUCCAGAUGGCCGCAGAAGCAGAUCUGCAAGCGCCGCACGGUGCGGUGACCGUCUUUGUCUGAUGGUUUUUAGUGUGAGUUUUCAAGCAAUACUUUCCACAGGUCUACCCCCGACUUGGGAAAAGGACGCGUUGGUGAGACGUUAACUACCUCGCCUGGUAUACAGGAGGUCGUGGGUUCGAUACCCACCCUGGCGCCUGCUGCUGUGUAUUUGGAGUCUGCGUGUCUCUCUCAUCAUCAUUAUCACUGUGGCUCGGAGAUGUUGACUGCCUCGCCUGGUAUACAGGAGGUUGUGGGUUUGAUACCGACCCUGACGCCUGCUGCUGUAUAUUUGGAGUUUGCGUGUCUCUCUCUCUCUUCCCGUGGUCGCGUGGAUUUUUCUGCGGCUCCUCUGGUUUUUCCGUCCACAUUUAGAAUCAACGUGCGUUCGGAUUUUUUUGGCUGCUGCUGCUGUAAAUUUCCACGUGAUUUGCAACUCCGUUAAGCUGAUAUUAUUAGUGCCCAGGUACCUGGAUAAAUACAAAAAAUAGUUUCGUUUUAAGAAACGCGAGCAAAAACGAAAUUUCGGAAAUCGGAAAGUCCCCACCAAUGUAAUGCUAAAAAUUAGCGCUGUGUUUCAGACAGUCAGUUAUUCCUCCAGGAUAAAUAAAGAUUCUGAUUCUGACAAUACACCCCACCUAUACAACUGCUUACAAUAGAAUAAUUAUAAUGAACACACACAUUAAAACAAUCGAAUCAUAAUUCAAAACAGAUGUAAUUAACGCAAACCUGUCAACCCCUCAGUGCCAUCACAGACCAACUCAGACCUUAGUGGUCACCCCGUUCCCUUAUAAAUCUCAACGUUCAUCUUACAAAGCUCCAUCACAAGGGAGAAACACAAACACAGACAGGAAAACCUUGGACUGCGAGUAACUUGGUCUGCGAGUGUUUUGCAAGACGAGCAAAUUUGUGAAAUAAAUAUUUAUUUGAUAAACGAGCGAGGUCUUGCAAUACGAGUAGUACGUGUAGACGCUUUGUCUGCCGAGCGUCACGUGAUAACUACUGAUGUACGAGUGCUUUGAUAUACGAGUGCUUUGGAUUACAAACACGUUUCCAGAACGAAUUGUGCUCGCUAAUCCAAGGUGUUACUGUAGGUAAAAUUUGUGUUAACUUAAUUCCCGUGUACAAUAAUGCGGGUAAACCACAUGGGUUGAUGGGUGUGGUAACCUUUUCAGGGGAGCUCGACAACAUGUCUGCUGCACGUUGGAAUGCUUGGAGGGGCGGUGUGGAGGCGUUGCUGUUGCCCUUUCGUGACACCUGUGACUUCUUGGCAGAUCAGAAUCUUUAUUGAGACCGCAGCAGGAGGAAUCUGAUCAGCUAUGAGGCUCUUCUGAACAGAUGCCCAGACGCAGAUGGAUGGCACUGCGCUUUGUUUGAUGAUCGCAUUGCCGCGUGAAAUUCGAUUUCGCUAAUCGUAAAAAAAAACGGUCCACAAUUUUUCGAUUUAAAGCUUUUGUGACUGCAGGGAUUCAUCUUAUUGGUUCUUUCGGUAAAGUCAAUAUGCUUAAUUCCGCGGUUGAUAUGUAAAUACCACCUACACAUUUCACAAGGAGUGACUAAUCCCAUAUCUGCAUUUUCCAUCAAUAUGCUUAAUUCUGCUGUUGAUAUGUAAACUCCUUUGUCAAGGCGCUCUCCUCUAACCCAGCUUAAAUAUACGCUGCCAAGCUUGGCGGUGUUCAUUCGGACGCUGUCUUUCCGACAUCUCUGUUUCUUCACCUGAGGACGGCUGCUUGUGUUGUGGCCGAAACGUCGUGAGAAUUUUUAUUUGAUGUUGCAUUAUUUUAUUUUUUCCCUUCUACGUGACUUUACCGAAAGAACCAAGAAGAUGGGUCCACAAUUUGACGAUUGCGUGAAUGUAAAACGUCGUAAACCGAUCGUUCGUAAACAUGGAGGCCUGCGACCUCUUUCGUUAUCCUCCACUUCACUCCAGCAAUGGGCACUAGAUCGCAGUGGCAAUACCUAUCAAGUGUACGUUUUCGAGUGGCAUGUCCUAUUGUAUCUACCAAUUCCCUUGAGCAGCAAUGCUGACGAUUGCUUUCCGCACUUAUGAUUUGCAACACUUUCCAAGUCGACGUGUUCAACUGGCUGUAAUCCCGAUGUGGCAGAUCACUUGAGCGGCGGGGGGCGUUUGAUUAUUAUUUCCUAGUGCUGCAAAGAUAGCAAAAAGGUGUUCAAAGUGUAAAUUGUGGCAAUACCCAUUCAAUGCGACGGCAUUCCAUAGUGUUCAUAGGCGGCUACGAUUUAAGUUUCCCGGCUUGCUUUGAGGCAUGGGGGGUACUGGAUGUCCGAGUGCGCCCUGGCGAACGUGGCGGCUUGCUUUGUGGAACGCGGGCAAUUAAACAGGAAUGUGAAUACGGCGGUGCUGGUUGGUGCUGGUUGGUGCUGGUUGGUGACUGACUUCUGUGACCUCACAAAGGCGGCAGUGGCAGCAGCAGCAGCGUUGUGAGCGAAGUGACUUGGAUUGCGAGUCCGGGAAAACCUCGCUUCAUACACGAGUUGGGGAUUCUGGAUGUUUCGCGAGUUGCGAAAUGUCGUCCUGGACACUAAUUCGCUAUCCGCGACCCGCCGGACUCCAGAAUUCGCGAGUGUACAUCCAGUAGAUCAUCGGUCAUUCAGUAGAUCGUCGAUUAUACAGUAGACCAUCGAUUAUCCCAGCGGCUUCGGAGUGGAGGGGGGUAUCGGAUUUUCAAAAACGUCGGAUAAUCGCGAUGAAUCGUUAUUUAAAAUAUCUAAUUUUUGCACAUUCUUGCAUAACAUGUUUGUAGGUGUUGUGUUUAUGUUCUGUAGUGUUUAAAAUGUUUCCUAUGUGAAAUUGGCUUUAAAUAAACAUACAAAUAGACGAAAAUAAA